UUCCACCAACUCGCUUUUCAUGCGCUGCCCCCGCCCUCCUACACAGGCAGGGUGUUGGGGGCUCGGUGUGCCAGUGACUUCUUUAUUUACACUAACCCUAAAACGUGAGAAAGGAAAAAGCCCGGGGAGACAACCGAGGGUCUGUGUAUCGAGUGUACUUUUCAUGUAAUGAAACACCGGGGAGGAAAAUAUUUGUGCAAGACUGAAGAUUUCAGGUGCUGCCGGGCUUAUUUCCUUUAAAACUUCAACAAUAACAACCCGGGAAUUAACUUGAGAAAAUAUAAGGAGAUCUUAAAAUGAAUGGAUAUGGCAAAAUCCUGAAGAAGUUUCUCAACCGUCCGCUGCAAAGAUCCUAAAUAAAAUCCCGAGUGCCUCGAAUCGUUUGGAGAAAGCACACCUCCAUCCAGCCUGUGAUGAAUAAAGUGGAGAGGAAAAACCUGUUACAUAAUCUCAUUUGCCCGGGGGUUUGCAGUGCCGUCCCCUUGCAUCAAGGGGAAGUGAGUUAAGAUGCAGGGUGUUUUAAACUCUCUGAAGUUUUUAUUUACCCAGUGUUCUGGCUGCCACUUCUGCUUUAAAAGAUUAUAAGUAAAUACUGUGCUCUUACAAGGGAACCAAACCUAUCAAACCUGUUUAGAAAAUGACCAGGCUUUUCAGCCCCGUGUAAAGCUGUUGGAGCGAGGAAGCAGAGGUAAAGAAUGAUGUAAUGUGCUGGCCGCCCCAAAGCAUCUUUUGUUGGAAUGGUUUUUCCAGUCAUCUCUUUAUGAAUCAAAUGUGAGGGGCUGCUUUGUGGCAGGAGGCCUUUGCAAGAGCACAUCAACGAGCAAGAGAAAGAGACAUUCACUUGGAGGGCUCUUGCUGAAAAUGGGUUUAACUCUCUGCUUGCCAGUGGCCACCGGCCUGACCUCAUACAUUUCAGUACAAUGGAGUGGCUGAGCCUCUGAGCGCACCACCAUUACAUCAUCGUGGCAAAUUAAAGGAGGAGGUGGGAAAAGAGGACUUAUUGUUGUCAUGGCCCAUGAGAUGAUUGGAACUCAAAUUGUUACUGAGAGCUUGGUGGCUCUGCUGGAAAGUGGAACGGAAAAAGUGCUGCUAAUUGAUAGCCGGCCAUUUGUGGAAUACAAUACGUCCCACAUUUUGGAAGCCAUUAAUAUCAACUGCUCCAAGCUUAUGAAGCGAAGGUUGCAACAGGACAAAGUGUUAAUUACAGAGCUCAUCCAGCACUCAGCCAAACAUAAGGUCGACAUUGACUGCAGUCAGAAGGUUGUGGUUUACGAUCAAAGCUCCCAAGAUGUUGGCUGUCUGGCUUCAGACUGUUUUCUCACUGUACUCCUGGGUAAACUGGAGAAGAGCUUCAGCUCUGUCCACCUGCUUGCAGGUGGCUUUGCCGAGUUCUCCCGCUGUUUCCCUGGCCUCUGUGAAGGAAAAUCCGCUCUAGUCCCCACCUGCAUUUCUCAGCCUUGCUUGCCUGUUGCCAACAUUGGGCCAACCCGAAUUCUGCCCAAUCUCUAUCUUGGCUGCCAGCACGACGUCCUCAACAAGGAGCUGAUGCAACAGAACGGGAUUGGUUAUGUGUUAAAUGCCAGCAAUACCUGUCCCAAGCCUGACUUUAUCCCCGAGUCUCAUUUCCUGCGAGUGCCUGUGAAUGAUAACUUUUGUGAGAAAAUUUUGCCGUGGCUGGACAAAUCCGUAGAUUUCAUUGAGAAAGCAAAAGCCUCCAACGGGUGCGUGCUGGUGCACUGCUUGGCAGGGAUCUCUCGCUCCGCCACCAUCGCCAUUGCCUACAUCAUGAAGAGGAUGGACAUGUCCUUGGAUGAAGCUUACAGAUUUGUGAAAGAAAAAAGACCGACUAUAUCCCCGAACUUCAACUUUCUGGGCCAGCUCCUGGACUACGAGAAGAAGAUUAAGACCCAGCCGGGCACGUCGGGGUCCAAGAGCAGACUGAAGCUGCUGCACCUGGAGAAGCCCAGCGAGCCCGGCCCCGCGCCCCCGGACAGUGGGCAGAGAGGCGAGCCCACCCCUGGGCCGCCCUGCACCCACCCCACUACCUCAGAGGCGGCCGGGCCUCGGCCUGGGCUCCCCACCCUCAGCCAGCCCCCACCGUCCGAGGACAGUCCUCUGGUCCAGGCGCUCAACGGGCUCCACCUGCCCGCGGACCGGCCAGAGGACAGCGGGCGGCUCAAGCGCUCCUUCUCCCUGGACAUCAAGUCGUUGUCGUACUCAGCCGGCGUGGCCGCGUCCCUGCACGGCUUCCCCUCGACGGAGGAGGUCCUGGAGUACUACAAGCCGCCCUCUGCGCUGGACGGGGCGGGCAAGCCGUGCCAGUUCUCCCCAGUGCAGGAGGUGUCGGAACAGACGCCAGAGGCCAGCCCCGACAAGGAGGAGGCCGGCCUCCCCCAGGAGCCGCAGCCCCCCAGGCCCGCCGACGGUCCCGGCAAGCGGCUGCACCCGGUGCGGCCCCUCUUCUCGCCCCUGCACCGCAGCGGGAGCGUGGAGGACAACUGCCACGCCGGCUUCCUCCUCGGCCUCUCGGCCAGCCAGCAGCACCUCGCCUCGUCGGCCGCCGGGCUGGGCCUCAAGGGCUGGCACUCCGACAUCCUGGCCGCCCCGACCUCCACCCCUGCCUUGAGCAGCAGCUGGUAUUUCGCCGCGGAGCCCUCUCGCUUCUACUCCACCUCGGCCGUCUACGGGGGCCCCACCGGCUACCCCGCCUACAGCUGCAGCCAGCUGCCCACCGGCGGUGACCCAGGCCACUCCGUGCGCAGGCGGCAGAAGCCCGGCGACAGGGCCGACUCCCGGCGCAGCUGGCACGAGGAGAGCCCCUUUGAAAAGCAGUUCAAACGCAGAAGCUGCCAGAUGGAGUUUGGAGAGAGCAUCCUGUCAGACAAGCGGUCCCGGGAGGAGCUGGGGAAGGUGGGCAGCCAGUCGAGCUUCUCAGGCAGCAUGGAGAUCAUCGAGGUCUCCUGAGAAGCAAGGCACCUGCGACUUCUCUGGACCGUUCUGUCCUUGUUCACAAAACUUAUUCCCUGUAAAUCUGAAAUAUAUAUAUGUACAUACAUAUAUAUUUUUGGAAAAUGGAGCUCUGGUGUAAAAGCAAAAGAUGGAUCAGCACCGUUGUCCUUUCCAACAUCUGCAUUUGAGAGCGCAGCUGGUAUUCCUCUCAACGCCAGCGGAAGGGCAGGUGCUCGCUCUCCCCCGACAGGUGACACACUUCUGUGCAGCGGGUUGCACAUCCUGCUGGUCGUAGUGAAUCGAGUUGUGUUGGGGUGUGAGGGGACAGAAGCCCCCACUGUCUUCUUGUCGUGCUACAGAGCGAUCUCAGACACUAGUCCUGUCCAGUCCCUUCCGCAGUGCACCUUAGCGCUGAGACUGAGCCAGCCUGUGGGUCAGGUGGGGAGACCCUACUAGGACCAGAACCUAAUGGUAAAUCUGAGAGCAGCGAGCAUCUCCCAAGCUGAUUCACAAAUCCAAGCUCACCUUAAGAUAGCCAAGCGAUGCGAGCAUCGUUCUGCUGACCGACCGUCAGGGGCCUUGCUAACAUUAACUUUAGAGCAAACCCAGUACCUCAGGCAGAAAGUGGGGGCGUUCACCACUACCAGGUCCAGCGGCCCGGUUUCUAGGCAUUGUGAGUAGGUGAGUAGCUAGUCACACCUUUCAGACCAGUUCCGACCGUCUGGGCACACAUUUCCAGCCGGGCCUGGAUGGAGGUCGCUCAUUCUUCCUUCCUUCCUUCUCUUUGUGAAGAAAGGGAUGCUCUCUAGGAUUCAAGGUGACAGCCGGGAGUCUUGGCGGCGUGAUCUAAGCUAAGGUCGGGAGGCUAAACAAGUCUACCUCCCUCUUUAUAAAUCAAAGAAUUGUUCGAGCUGGGAUUGUUAAUCCUUUCAAUAAGGAUUAACUAGCUUUCAAGCCAGAUGUGAAUUUAUGGGGUAGCAGAGCAGCAGCACCCUCGAGUUCUUAGCCACACCAGACACACGAGUUUUCUGUUUCGGUUCCCCUGCACAGAUGUGUUUUGUGAAAAUGGACCGAUGAGGUAGAAUUUUAUAGGAAAUGACCAAGAGGGAGAAAACUGCAAGGAUUAGAGACGGUCAGACUGCUGAGGAGAAGCAGGAAACUGCUCUUUUCUCAGUGGCUUUUCCCGUCAGCACGCGAUGAGGGUGGUCUUUCUCUGAUUUCCUUGGAUUUCCAGAGUCCCCGUUAGGGCUGAGAGAGGCCUGGGUGAGGAAGCAAGGCCUGGUCGGAACCAGCCAGGAAGGGGAGGAGAAGACGGUGGAUUCUGUUGCGUGGCACGCACAGGGAAAGACACAGCCAAGCUCUUCUCAGAAACUAUCCUCAGCAUUUUUUUUUUUUUUUUUUUUUAGUAGAAGGGACAUAUCAAAAUGGAGCGGGACCAAGGGGUCUCCGUCUGUGACCUACAAUCACUGUAUGGAAUCAAUCCUGGCAGCUGAAAAUAGGAGGUGAUUAGAACCAGUACACAAGUGGCCGUACUUACCUGCUUUGAAACUUAUUGGCUUGAGUUUUGUCAGCUACAGUCUGGUCCUGUUUUGAAGCCUUAAUUCACGUCAGCAGCUUUUUUUUUUUUUUAGGGUGGCGGGUGGGUGUCGGCGUUGUUCUUUACUGUAAGUGUAGCUAGUUGCUGACUCAUAUCUCAGGUUUUUCUAUGUGUGAGAAAUGGACAGUCCUUUGAGUAGGAUGUGACUUCAUGUUUCCUAUGGUGACAGCUAAAACCAGCAUAGAAUGACAUGAUUCAAAACUGACUUGAUCGUGACGAUUACACGCUUCAUAGAACAUAACUGGUUACUCAUAAAUUUAUGACGGGCAGUGACGGGGUAUGAAAUGGGGGAGUCAACUGUGGCGGGAGUGCGUCACUACCAUGUGGGAAAAGUUCUGUUCGGUGAUUUCGUUUUUCUAAAUGCAUUUAAGUUUGGAUGUCAUCAGACGUUAUCCAGGUUUGACAGUAAUUUUUGAUGUGUUUUGUACACAUGCACCGAAUGUACUUCCAGAGUCUGGUCACAACCGUGGAACAUUUUUCAGCAAUGAAAGCAGUGGCUCCAGUGGAUGUUUCAGGACGGUGGCGGGACUUGGUUUUAAAGAGAUGUUUGGGGGAAAACCGGCCUUUCAACAUUUGGGAUUUCUCUUGGCCGUGGUCCCCUUCCUUCCUGUGACUGAUGGGGUCAUGACAGCCUUUAGUCUUUGACGGCUAACAGCGAAUGAGCAGUCCUUGGAGUCCAGACGGCCCUGCCCAACGGGCAGCUUCAGGCCGGCCCCGGCGCAGCAGGGACAGCGCUGGCGGGUUGGUGGCUGGCCCUCUGCAGGGUGGGGUCAGAGAGGGGAGCCCUGGAUGAUACCAGAUGAUACAGAAUGGUGAUCGGAAAGAGCAGAACUAGACUUCUCUGUGAGAAAUGCUGGGAAAUGGUUUAGGACAUUUGUAAAGUUUGGUGGCAGUGUGUAAAUGUUUAUUAUGAAUAGAGUGUUCUUUUGGAGCAAGGCAAGCUGCUGAAUGGUUAAAUCGUGCAUUUCUCAUUUUGAUGUGUCAUGAAUGUUAAUACGAUGAAAUAAAAUCAAAACUGGUACCUGUUUAUACAUAAA